AUGGAUGUUGAUACGAAGGCCAAUAUGGUACAAAUGAGCGAUAAUCGGAGUUUUGACAGCAAUUGCCAAUUCCGCAGUCAGUCCAGAAAGAUGUCCAUUGGUGUCCUGGUUGAUUCCAUCAACUUGGCUGAACCUAAAGAUAUCAAGGAAACAUCAGUAUAUGUUGCAGAGGAUGGACCUUAUAGCAAAGAGAAUUGGGUCAAAGUCGGUAAACAACAAGCCCCAGUCGAGCAGAAACAUGGGGCAGCCGCGCCAGAUACCUUACCUUGGGGUUCCACUACAUCUUUCAAUCGAAAAAUGUCCUCUGCAGCUGCAGUGCGUGAUUCCGAGCAUACUCCAAGUCUCCUGGCCACGGGCAGAUCACGUCCCAGGUCGAAGUUAUUGGAGACAGCAUCUGCUACUCAUUCUGUCAAUUUUUUUGCUGGCACGACUGGAUUGGAGUCAGACGAAUGCAUAGAGAAGAUUGUUGGUGCCAAGAUACACUCUGAGGAGAUUGGGAAGGUUAAUGCGGAUCACGUUCACAAUCGUGUUUGUUCAACUGAACCCGAAGUUGUGCUAGAAAAAGAACAUGCAGAGGAUAAGACUAUGAACACAGAAACUGGGGGCCGUGAAACAUUGAGAAUGAAGCUGUGGGAGGUCUUAGGGAAUGUUUCUUCACCCAGCAGGCAUUGUUCUGACUUUCAGCCCACAAAGAUGCAUCCGGAUCAGAUGGAUGGAAAUCAGAGUCAUAGUGAUAAGAAAAACCCAAAUUCAGAUACAAUUGAAAGUGAUUCUGAAAUGCAUACUUUUAGAAGAUCAGUGACUCGUUCUUCGAUCCAGAACAGAGCGUCCACUAAAAGCCGGCGCUCCAAAUCUGUUGCUCCAAAAUCUACUCGCCUUAAGAAAAAAUGUCCAGAGAAGAGAAUGCUCCCACAAGACGAUCAUUCUGGAAGAUUUUCUGAUAAUUUCAAUGAUUGUUCUUUGCCUUUUAAGAGGAACAAAACUGGGAGGUUGAUUCCUGGAGGUGAGAUACAUCAAGGUCGUAAGCAUGGAAAUGCAGAGGAGGGUCAUCAAUCACAAGAUAAAAACAGAUCAGUACCAGCAGUUGGGAAUCCAAAAGUGCAGAAAAUUUGUAAUAAAAACAGAUCCGGCAAGAGGAUAAGUGAUGUACCUGUUGAGCCAAAAAAGGGUAUUAAGAAAAAAAGCCCUGCGGCUCCAAUAGAUGUGAUGACUGAGAAGCUCAAGAACGUUGAGCAACCAAUUGAUGUUACAGUUACAAACUUGAAGAAUCAACAGAAAGACAAGUGCCACUCUUUCUCAGGGAACAACAGAAAUUCUAUACAUAAUCCUUCGACCUCUUUGUUUAAGACUAAGUCAUCUGGCUGUUUACCAGAAAGAAAUGUGACAGAUAUUCGGAAUUCUGGUGAAGAAGUAUUUAACAGAAAAGGCAUCCGGAGUUUCAAAAGUCUGAUGAGCUCAAUACCUGCUGAACCAAAUGUGCAAGUGGUAUUAUCUGAUCGUGGAUGCAUGUUAGAGAAUAGUCCCCUUAUAAAACCAGGCCUUAUCAUCGAAGACGGUAAAAAUGGGGUGUCCAAAUCGUCUGCUGAAGCAACUGACACUGAGAGCACUGAAAAUGAUUCACUUAUGAAAGGUUGUAUGGAGUCGAAGCAGGUAUCUCCAGAAAUUUAUGUUCAGGAAGAAUUUCAACCUGGUUCUAAUAAAAGUGUAGGGCACAAGAAAGAUGUUGAAGUUAGCGGAUAUAGUCCUAUGGCAGAGGCUUUAGAAGGUUAUCAGUCAUUGGGGACUCAAGGCACUAGCAAGCUUCAAAUGAACGCAAAACAGAAUUACGAGGAUGGCCUCGCCAGAGCUGUAGAACUAUUUACCGUGGCUUUAGCUCGUGUUCAAACUAAGCUGAAGUCAUUUAGUAACAAAAGAUCGUCUGAAAUUCUGCUAGCUGCUGCCGAUAAUAUAUUAGUUCUGUUGCAGGAUGCUGAAUCUCAUAUCAAAACAGACAUGGGAAAGCUGAACAAUUUUACUGAACAGAAAAGAAAACGACUGGAAACUAGAUUUGAAGAUCAACAGGAUCAAUUGCUUGGAAUAUGUAAUAAAUUUAAAGAAGAGAUUGGCCAGCAUCUUCGGGAUUAUGGUGGCAUGAUUGAAGAUCUUGAAGAGCAUGAGAUCGAGUUCAAAAAAUAUGUGGAUAGACAGAGAGCAGCCCACCGAAAAUCUCUGUCGCAAGUAGAGCAAGAAAUUAAGAUUCAACUUGAUGAUGCUGAAUGCAGGAUUCUGGAUGUGCAGGAACUAGCUAGGGAGAGGAUGGUUCACCUGAAACUUGUGGUGGCCGAGUUCAACGCCGCCGCCUCUGAACGCCGGACACAAGCGCACGACCACACAGCGUUGUUGACCGCUUACCAACAUCGCCGGUCGCCGGAGCCUGAAUACGCACCCACACGCCGUCGUUCGCAACUCGGUCCACACACACACGAGCAGAAACAGCUGUCCGUCGCUCUCUGGUUGCCGCCGUCCACAAUCGCACAAACACUGCCGGUGACUAAAAAUUCGCAGGUCGGGAAGCUCCUUCACGAGCGGCUGUCGCCAUUGUCCACUCUCGCCGCCGCCAUAUAUCCAUAG